AUGAUGUUUGAGGCAAAGAUUUCCCUUUCAGAGGUGAUGGCCGCCCUCUUUACUAUGACAUUCAUUUUAAUUUCUGUAAGAAUAAUAGGUAAUAUGACCCAAAAGCACAUCCUUCCCCCAGGUCCAUGGUCACUACCAAUUGUGGGGAACCUGCUUCAGUUUGGAGAGCAUCCUCACCUUUCAUUUAUCCAAAUGAGGAAAAAAUAUGGGGACGUGUUUCUCCUAAAGCUGGGGAUGGUACCUGUUGUGGUGGUGAACGGUCUAGAUAUGGUGAAACAAGUGUUACUCAGAGAUGGAGAGAGUUUUGCUGGCAGGCCCAAGAUGCACACCUUUUCUUUCUUUGCUGAUGGAAAAAGUCUAUCAUUUUCUGUAGAAUAUGGAGAGAGCUGGAAACUCCACAAGAAAAUUGCCAGUAAAGCUUUAAGAUCCUUUUCGAAGUCAGAAGCCAAAACCUCUACUUGCUCUUGUCUUCUGGAAGAGCACGUAUGUGCAGAAGCUUCAGCACUGGUGAAAAUGUUCUUGGAGCUCUCCUUAGAGAAAGAUGCCUUUGACCCCACUGGUAUUACUACCUGCACUGUUGCAAAUAUUGUCUGUGCCCUGUGCUUUGGCAAAAGGUAUGAAUAUAAUGAUGAAGAGUUUCUUAGCAUGAUUAGGAUCAAUGCAGAUUUUCUAAAAGCCACAAGUGUUUUCAACCCAGCUGAUUUUAUACCUUGGUUUCGGUACCUUCCAAUCCCUGCUGUGAAGGCUGCCCAUGUGUUUUAUGAGGUCUUAAAUAACUUCAUCGUACAACGAGUAGAAGAACAUUAUACCACAUAUGAUAAAAAUCAUCUCAGAGACAUUACUGACGCUCUAAUAAGUAUAAGCAAUGACAAAAGAAGUGAUGGAAAAGCUCCACCCUUAUCUAAUGAUAAAAUAAUAAGUACUGUGAAUGACAUCUUUGGAGCUGGGCUUGAUACAAUAUCAACAUGUCUAUUUUGGAUCUUCCUAUAUUUGGUAAACAACCCAGACAUUCAGACAAAAAUUCAAGAAGAAAUUGAUGGAAAGAUUGGACUCAGGUCACCAAGAUUUGAUGACAGGAAAGAUUUGCAUUAUACGGAAGCUUUCAUAAGUGAAAUCUUAAGGCACACUUCAUUUAUGCCAUUUACCAUUCCUCACUGUGCAACGAAAGAAACCAUUCUCAAUGGGUACCUCAUUCCCCAAGAUACCUGUAUCUUUGUUAAUAUGUAUCAAGUAAAUCAUGAUGAAACAUUAUGGGAAAAUGCUGAUUUGUUUAGACCGGAGAGAUUUCUGAAUGAAAACGGUGAACUCAACAAAAGCCUCGUUGAGAAAGUUUUGGUUUUUGGAAUGGGAAUAAGAAAGUGUUUGGGAGAAGACAUAGCUCGUAAUGAGAUUUUUAUUAUUCUCACCACCAUUUUGCAACAGCUGAAGCUUGAGAAAUGCUUUCAAGACCAGCUAGAUCUGACCCCAGUGUAUGGAUUAUCCAUGAAACCUAAACCAUACCAAAUUCAAGUGGCACUGCGCACCUGA